AAAAUGGACAGAGCAGUUAAAGGAGCAACUAAAUCUAAAUGUGCAGCACCUAAACAAAAGUAUCUUGAGGUUCUCAUACCAGCAACUACAAGAGUUGAUAACUUGGAAACAAUAUUCAUUUCAUUAGAUCAUCGUUUAAGAGAAAAUUCCUGGACAAUUGUAUUUAAAAGCCUUAUUGUAAUUCAUAUUUUAAUGAGGAGAGGAGCUGGGGAUCAAGUUUUAAAUUAUUUAGUUAGAAGACCAAGUAUUUUAAAUGUUUCAGGGUUUAGAGAUAAGUCAGGAACAGGCAAUGAACAAACUAAAAAUAUUCAUUCAUAUGCUGCAUACUUGGAAGAAAAGGUUUCAGUAUACCGAGAGUUAAAAAUAGAUUUUGUUAAAGAAAAGAAAUCAGAUAAUAGAAAUCAUUUAAGGAAACUUACAGUUGCCAAAGGUCUUUUGCGGGUAGUGAAAUUUCUUCAGCAACAACUAGAUGCUCUAUUAAAUUGUAAGUUUUUUCUGGAUGAAGUUGAUAAUAAUGUGACAUUGACAGCAUUCAAACUUAUUGUCACUGAUUUACUUUCAGUUUUUGAGACAAUUAAUGAAGGUGUUAUUAAUGUAUUAGAUCAAUUUAUUAGUAUGUCACAAAUAGACGCAAGAGAUGGAUUAGAAAUUUAUAAAAAGUUUGUGAAACAAACUGAAAAGGUUGUCAGUUAUCUAAAAGAUGCUCAAAAAUUAGAAUUCGCACUUGGAUUCAGCAUACCCAACUUGAAACAUGCGCCAGUUUCAUUGACAAUUGCAUUGCAAGAUUAUGCUGAAGAUCCAAAAUUUGAAGCAAAUAGGCGAGAAUAUGAGCGUAUGCAAAAAGAAAAAGGUAAUAAGAAUAAAUCUUCUCCAACAAAAUCUACAACAAAAUCCACCUCUACUAUCUCUUCCAUCAAUAAUGAUGGUAAUAUAAUACCUUCAAGCAAAAAGGAUACAACAUCAACAACUACUACUACUUCGAAAACUUCUUCUGCUAACAAUAACCAAAUAGAGUUUAUAAAUUUUUCUUCUGAUAUUGGAAAUGAACAAACCUUACGUUUUGAUAAUCAAUCCAUCGAUAAUAAUAAUUCCGCAACAACAAAAUUUACUAGUUUCACCUAA